AUGCUCGCUGCAAGGAUGAUCCUGCUGCUCGUGCUGCUCCUCACCUUCUCCCUGCACCGCGCCGCAGCCCACUUCACGCCCACCGAAUGCUGCUUCGACUACGCACGGAAACCCGUCCGAUACGUAGAGAGUUUCUAUAUGACGUCCAGCGACUGCUCCUUGCCUGCAGUUGUGAUUGUGGCUGCCAACGGUGUCGAGGUCUGCGCCGACCCCAAGAAGCCCUGGGUGAAGAGAGCCAUGGAAAAGCUUCGAAGGAAAAAAUGA